AGUAGAUUGAAGAUGGCUUCCCAAAUAUGUCAGAACCACCACCACCAGGACUGUGAGGAUGCUGUUAACAAGCAGAUCAACCUGGAGCUCUAUUUCUCCUAUGUUUAUCUCUCCAUGUCCUCUUACUUUGACCGGGAUGAUGUUGCCCUGCGUCACUUUGCUGAGUUCUUCAAGGAACAGUCACAUGAGGAAUGGGAACAUGCUGAGAAACUGAUGAAAUUCCAGAAUAAAUAUGGAGGCCGGAUCAUCCUGGAGGACAUCAAGGUUGGAUUUGAUGCUUAUCUGCAUCAAUUUUGA